AUGGUUAAAGUAAACCCAACGGUAGAUGUGAAUGAAGUUGAGUUAAAUAGGAAGUUAAGACAUGCCUGUCCUCGCAUCAAGAGAUGGAAGUCCCGUAUAGACGAUGCCGAGGGAGACGUACACCGCAUGAGGGAACAGGCCAUCAAUAAAUCGCCCGUUUAUGUGGCCAUUCAGAGGGGCUCUAAGAAUAUUCAGAUCAGAACUCGUACUAAAACAAAGUGGUGGAGGAAAUGGAUCCAAGAGGGCAAGAAGUAUGGCUUUGAUGACUCAAUUUCGACACCAAUUCAUAUCUCUUCAGACGCCUAUAAAAUCCAGAGACAGGUGUCGUUCGCCGCAAAAUCUCCGCAAACGUCUCCGAGACGAUCACUUCCUGUGUCACCCGUGAAGACAGGCAUUCACUCACCGGUCAAAGUGUCGGUCCUUAAGACCGAACAGUACGUGCGCUCACCGAAGAAGGAAUAUCAGGCAAAGUGUGUGCCAUUGCUUACACUGACUCCCGUCCCACUGAAUCAGGUGCUCAAGAAGAAGGCCAAAAUCAUUGGCCACGUGAGCACUAUUGGCAAAGGCCGGUGGGUUGAACAGGACAGGGAGAUGCUGACAGUGCCCGGCAAACAAGUGUUUCAAUAUGACAGCGCCUCUGAUACUGAAUGCGCUUCCGAUGACGAGAUCCAGAAACGGGAGAAAAGAGGCGGAGAGAUACUCAACAAAAUGAUAAAUCCUCCCAGUCCUACGGAAACCCUAAAACGUAUGGCUUCAGCAAAACGUCGCGAAACGCCUCCCUCUCCAAAGUCACCGAAGAAGGCGUCGCCAAAGACUUCGCCGAAGAAAGAAGUCAUUGAAGUCAGCGAAGAGGAGUCCGAAUCGGAUUCUUAUCUCUCGCCCACAAGCAAACGGAUCCGAUCCAAGAUUAGGGCCGCCGGACAGACAUCUCUACUAUUCUCUCCCAAUAGGAAGUCGGCGCCAAAACACGACGUCUUAGUCGAGGAAAGUGAAGAGGAUAAAACAGAAGACGAGAACUAUUCCCGAGUGAAAAGUGCGGCCAUUAAGAAGAUAAGAGCUACUGGUCAAGUGAGGGCAGCCCUCUCACCUGCCAAAAGUCCCCCAAAAAGUCCGCAUAAAAGUCCAGAUAAGAGUCCAGAGAAAAGUCCAGAAAAAAGUCCGGAGAGAGUGUCACAGAAAUCAGGAAAAACGAGUCCAACCACACCGGCGGACAUGAAGAAGAAGAUCCGAGCGAUUGGCAAAACCACAGCCGCUUUGUCUCCCAGAAGGGGCACUAAUGAAGGCUUUACGAGCGAUGAUAAUGAGAUGCCUCAAGAGGCUGAUGUGACUCAAGAAUCGAACCCGUCAAGUAUUGGCGCUAUAUUUAGGAAAAUUAAAACAAUUGCCAGAAUAUCGUCGAUAAGUAAAGCCCCGGACGCUAGUCCCUCUGGUAUCAGUUUAUUAAUGACUAAAAUGCGAUUUCUUGUGAAACUCUCGCCGCGCAGAAAGAAAACUGAAACGUCUGAAGAUGAAGACGAAACGGGCGCUGAAACAGAUGAAGACGAAACGGGCGCUGAAACAGAAACGGAUAGAGAUGUAAAGCACAAGAAAAGAGAGAAAUCCGUAAAAUCUGCAAAAUCUUCAAAAACGACAAAAUCUGCAAAAUCUGGUGACACCGAAGUCGGAUGCUUUACAAAACUUUACCAAACAGUGUGUCCCUGUAUUGCCAGGAAGAAAGAGCCGGAUCUCAUGGAGUAUGAGUCGGGAUCACAAGCUAUUGAUUAAAGCAAUCGAGGAUUUUAUGUGUAAAUAAUGUGUUAAACAAUUGAAACGAUGAUUAAAUUGAGAC